AUGUUUGAUGACAAAGCACUGCCACCAUACGAGGUCAACACACGGACAGUGGAGCUCUUGUGUCAGUUAGCAGAGUGGAACGAAGCCCGGGAUAAAGAUUUAACCCUCGUCAUUGAGGAUCAGAAGGUGAAAACUGCAGAAAUAAAAGCUGAAGCCACUUACUUACAGGAGCUACUCUCGGAUAGCAUGGGUCCAUCCUACACUAACCUUUCUCGCAUGGGUAAUACAUAUUUGAACCAGCUUGUUGACAGUUGCCUGGCACUGGAGAUAAAGGACUCUUCACUAACAAGCUACAUCCCGGCAGUUAAUGACCUGAGUUCUAAGCUGGUGACAGUAGAGUCCAAUAAUCAAGAGUUGGAACUGGAGCUGAUAAACUUGAGAAAGAAAUUGACAAAUGCGCUUGUGCUGGAGAAAUCCCUGGAACAGUAA